AUGUCAAGAUGUGUGCUGAUUGCGCUAAGACACUGUAUAGAGGUACAAUGUAUAUACGGACGCUGCAUCUCCAGUUCACUGUACACCUCUCCAGCGCUGCCAUGUAUAGACACAGUGUUUGCUUGCAACAGCACUCCUUCUGCAAUCCUGGGUGUACAGCUACAAAACCUCCCCAAACGCUGGUCCUCUGCACGCCGAUCAAACCAAACCAACUCAAACCACACCAGAGAACAGACUGUGUCUGGUGUACAUUCCUUUCUUCUCCUUCUUUCUCGUUUGAAACUGUAUCUGGCGUACACUUCUUUGUUCUCUUUCCUACUCGUUUGCUUCUGCCGUGCCUCUACCCAGCCAGCCAUGGAAGCCCACGUUGAAGAAACAAUCACCCAGCACCUCCAGGACUCGGAGGCCUUUGAGUGCUUCUUCGCCCUCGACAGCACGCUGGGCUCAGGCAGCGACGGCCAAGUCCUGGGCUACGAGCACCUCUCCACGCGUCAAAUCAUCGCAGUCAAGAUCCCCCAUGCGGACCGCUACUGGACGUCCGACGCCAUCAAGAAGGAAGCCAAGGUCCUGGUCGAUCUUGCAAAGUACGGUAGGCAUCGGAACAUAGCGCAUAUCCUUGCCUACCAGCCGGACUUUGGAGACACCUUCUGUCCCGCCAUUUUCUCUGAAUGCGCCGAUUUUGGAAAUCUCAUCGACUACCGCGGCGCCUGGCGCGAGCAGGAGGGUAUGUGUGGCCGGCCGUAUGGGAUUGCAGAAGCGACGGUGUGGAAGUUAUUCAGAGACAUGAUUCUCGCGCUGGACCAUCUGCACAACAAGUGCGGCUUCAUCCACCGCGACGUCAAGUCGGACAACAUCCUCGUCACCGCGCCACUGGGCUACAACGACGAUGAUUCGGUCCCCACAGUGCCCGUCUUCAAGCUCUGCGACUUCUCCCGCGCAAUUCUCUAUCCCUCCAAAGACGGUGAAAUCCGCCCCUGGGCCGGCACACUCGACUACGCGCCCCCGCCCACGGAGCGCCACGAGAAGGAACCUGCGCGCCCGGCGGGCGAUAUGUGGUCUCUGGGCGCGACGCUGCAGGAAUUCGCCCUGGGCAUCUGCCCGCUGCAGUCGCGGAACGCCAUGGUAGCCAAGCUGAACCGGCGCGAGCAACCCCAUCCAAACCUCCACGGCGAUGAAGAACUAUGGGCGCAGAGCGUCUGGCGCGACAAGUUCUGCGCCACCUACCGCCCGCUGGACCUCCCAGCCAGCGAACUCAUGCAGCGGUGGGACAUCCCCAAACCCAUAUCUGCGAGCUUCAGGCCGUUCAGUGCUACGCUGAAUGGGUGGUAUGCGAAGCUGUGGGAGAUGAAUCGGCAACUGCGGGUUACUUCUCAGUCGCUGGUCAAGGAUCUAGUCCCGCUCAUCGACGGGUACAUCAGUGGAGAGGAGAAGAGGAAGAGGAAGAAAGACAAGGUGGGAGAGAAGAUGCGCCAUUCAGAUAGCGUACUGGAAACGCAGACCGUGACGCUGCCAGUGACGCCGCCUCGAACUGAUUCUGGUAAUGAAGAUGCCGCGCAGAUUACUGCUGGCGCGCGGGAGAUGGGUGGAAUGCCUAGCUACGAGGGGAAUGACUAUCCUCCGCUGUCGUCUCAAACUGCAUCUGCCCAUAAGGAUGCUGUGCGCUAG